AUGCAGCUCAUUCAUAAUUUAAAAAUAUCAAAUUAUUUGUUAAAUAAAUUAUACGUUUUUAGACUUUUUGGAAGUGUACCAUCUUGUCUAUCAUCCAACCACUUCUGUGAAUCAUUUUAUUGGACUUGUCGAAGAAUACAAUUUUGGCUUUGUUUUUAUGAUGAUGGCAAGAUAUUUAUAGAAUCGGAAGUAGAUGUAGAAGAUUUAUUAUCAAAUCCAUUCAAUACUCAACCUCCCUCAUUAGAUGAAUUAGCUCGUACAACUGGUUUCAAUAAAAAAUGGAUUAUGUUUCUUUACCGAAAUUUUAAGCAGAUUUGCUCAAAUGGACGUAUGCAAUUGCAUCAAUGGCGCCGAAUAUUUCGUUUAAUAUUUCCAAAUUCAACCAGUACUCAGUUUGCUGAUCGCGUAUUUUAUGUAAUUGCUGGAGAUGAUAUUAGGAAACUUAUCACUUUUGAAGUAAAGUAUACUUUGGGUUACAACUAA